AAAUUACGGUUUUGAAGGUGUCUAAGCUUCUAAGAUAACGAUUUUGUUUUCUUUUUUUUUUUACUGUGCUGUGCUGGCGUGGGCUUUCCCUUUUUCCACCAAGGGCAAACAGAGGACUUCAGGAAAUCUGCGCGAAUGAAAGCCAUUGCGACGCUCCUUCGACUUAUUCUCUUCUUAUUUUCAUUUAAUGUUGUGAGAUGCGCUAGUUCGACGACUGUCACGGAAGCAGAGUUGAAUUCUGUUCUUCUUCAAAAUAUCGAAGACCAAACUGUCGAAUAUUACAAAGUUACCUGGUCGCCGGCAGUUGAAAAGACGAUUAAUGUCACGCUGUCUGUGUGCACUACGUUUGAUGGAGCAACGCAAUUGUCACUGUAUGCAUCAAAUUCCUCGCUGUCUCAGGCUACGAGUACGACGAAUGUCUCCUAUGCCCAAGUCGAUUUAGGCUUGGCAAAUUUGUCUUACACAACAUACCCCCCGCUGUACUUGGCUGUUUCUUCGGAAAUUUCAAUGUUUAGGAGAAAUGAAUUGAAUGAAGCGUAUGGAAUGAAAGACUCUUCCAGUGCCAGUCUGUAUACCGUUUACGAGUUGGGCAUCGGGGACAAUGUCACCUAUCACGAGUACGUUGAUUCUCGCUUUCUUUAUGCACAAGACACCGAUUCGGCUGCUGCUUUGCUCAUUACGGGUAACCUUACCACGAAUGACACGUCCGUCAUUCCGGACUAUGAGAUUUACGUGAACCCUGCCAAUUCUUCUCUAGAUUUGAAAUUACGACAGCUUUCUCAUUCUUUUUGCGCCUUUCGUGAUAACCCUUCUUUGCUUAACUUGAACAAUGCAGAUCGCUCAAUGACACUACGUGGUUUGGGUCCAAUGGCUAAAGAACAGUUUUAUGUCAAAGGUUUGAACGCUAGCACUACCUACAAUGCAUACCUGGUUGAUCCUAACAAUGGCACCCUGGGCGGUACAACAUUCCAAGCAAUCGGCUUCACUACCAAACAAAACACGACAUGCCAGCUUAUUUAUGACCUCGAGUUUUGUUCUAACGUAGCUUACGCUGCCCCGGGAUCACCUACUCGUUUUUCAGCCGGUACACUAGCAAAAUGGUAUGACGAACAAGCUGCAGGUUUCUACAAAAACUUUACGUAUACGCUGCACCAGUUGCCGUGUAAUGCGUCUAAGGAGUCCACCUACUCUUUGCUACGCAACUGUACUGACUGUGCUGCUAAUUAUAAGAACUGGUUGUGCGCAGUUUUGAUUCCUCGUUGUACCGACUGGGCAAGAAAUGACACAUUUCUUUCGCUUAAAAACAACACUUCUCGCUAUCCUCUUAUUGACGAGUACAUUCAGCCGGGACCGUAUAAAGAGAUUCUUCCCUGCUCGUACUUGUGCUACGAAAUGGCUGCCUCUUGUCCAAUUGACUUUGGAUUCACUUGUCCAAAAACGGGACGUGGCCUGGAGCAGACAUACGGCACUCCAAGCCAGGAAACUGAUAACAUUUCAUGCAAUGCACCGGGUGUCGAGUUCUACGUCAGCGAGGCGUAUACCAGCACAAUUCGGUAUAAUUCUCUCUUCUUGCUCGUUUUGUUUUGGUUCAUUUUCCAUUUCUUGGAGUAGGUCCCUCUGUGUAUAUAAGGAAAAUGUCUCAGUAUCCUGUCUGCUUUGUCUUGAUCACUAUUUUGUCCUAGUGUUCUUGCCUCUUAUAUUAUGUCUUAUGUGUUCAUCAUCAAUGAAACAGAUUAUUCUUGCAUUUGAAACGAAUCGACUAAACUACAUGAGUUUACGAAACGGGACUAAUUGAAAAUGACAAACUUUAAAAAAACACCCAAUGUUGUUCUUAAAAUACAAACAAUAUUUGUCGGCGAAUCGAUUUAAUGCACAGAAGUAAAACGAAAUUGGUAUUAAAUCGGAGGUUGGAUAUGUAAAUACCUACUGAAAUCUCAUGAACAAAAACAAAACUAUCAAUCCCGUCAACUCUAGUUUCUUACUAAUUACAUUCCCUGUCAGUUAUCAAAUACUUAUUUCCGCUCCCGGGGUGUACUACACUUACCUCAGAAUUUCGUUUUUCCAGCGGCGGAUAAGAAAGUUGCUAUCAUACGAUGUUGUUCAGCAUUUUGAUCUAACUGUAAGCUCGGCUGGCAUAUUUCCCAACAUCUGAGACUCGGGAAAACACGCAGAAUUGGCUU